UGCGCGCCACCGCCCCUCGGCCCGGCUUGCUGGCCUUCCCCACCUAAGCCCUGGGCUGCUUCAGCUGGCCCCACCCCUUCUUCCUCUCCUGGCCCCGAGGCCUGGUGCGCGGUGCAGGGCGACGAGCGCGGCCUGGCUACUGGGGCAAGGCUCUCGAGGGUGGCACGCCAGGCGCGGGGCGCGAGGCCAGAGCUGGCUCGGCAGGGUGCAGGGGGAGGGUCCGACGGAGCCCCCAGAGGAAAGCAGGGACAGACAGGGGGUGCUGAGGCAAGUAAGUUGCUGGAGCUGAGGGAGCAUCAUGGCUGUGUUUCUGGAAGCCAAGAAUGCCCAUGCAGUCCUGAAACGGUUCCCUCGUGCCAAUGAGUUCCUGGAGGAGCUGCGUCAGGGCACCAUUGAGCGGGAGUGCAUGGAAGAGAUCUGCAGCUAUGAAGAGGUCAAGGAAGUAUUUGAGAACAAAGAGAAAACGAUGGAGUUUUGGAAGGGAUACCCGAAUGCGGUCUACUCAGUCCGAGAUCCCUCGCAGAGCUCAGACGCCAUGUAUGUGGUGGUGCCCCUUCUGGGGGUAGUCUUGCUGAUUGUCAUUGCCUUGUUCAUCAUCUGGAGGUGCCAGCUGCAGAAAGCAACUCGUCACCACCCCUCCUAUGCUCAGAACCGGUACCUAGCCAGUCGUGCUGGGCACAACCUCCCCCGAGUCAUGGUAUACAGGGGCACUAUGCAUAGCCAGGGAGAGUCCUCUGGGCACCGAGAGGCAGGGAAUAAUCCACAGAUAGUCCUGGGGCCCAGCCGGGGAAGUAGAACCACCGUCCGACUGGAGAGCACCCUCUACCUCCCUGAGCUCUCUCUCUCCAGACUGUCCAGCGCUACCCCUCCCCCCUCCUAUGAGGAGGUGACUGCACCCCAGGAGGGCAGCAGUGAGAAUGCCAGUGUCUCUUACAGUGACCCUCCCCCAAAGUAUGAAGAGAUUGUGGCAGCCAGCCCCAAUGCAGAUAAGUAGCUGAGCAUGGGCCCUGGCUUGUAUAAAAGCCUCUUCCAGAGGUAGCCUGCUUCUUUUUGGACUUCUGAAAGACUGUGCCACCACAAAACAGCCUUAGCCUCCUUGUUGCCAAAUAAUUCCCCAACCAUGGAUUUGUAGGAAGUCAGUUGGUAGAGACAGUUGGUGUGUGUGUGUGUGUGUGUGUGUGUGUGUGUGUGUGUGUGUGUGUGUGUGUGUUUGUGUGUGUCGGGGUGGGGACCAUAGGACAAGUGUAUGAUCCCCCUGGGAAAAGCUACAGACCUGAACGCCCGGGUCUUCCAGACCCCACCCCACCACUGCCAAGUCCCCAAUGUCCUGCCCUAUCUUUAGGGACUAGCUUCUCUUAUGCCAAAGGAAACAUCUCAUGGUGUUUAUUGUGACCAGAAUGUCCACAGGCUCAUCCUGGUGGCUAUGGGGCUGUCUAGGAACCCCUGUGUAUCUGGGGACCUAGGCCACAGAGAUGAGACGGUCAAGCUAGCCCUGUGGUUUCCCCUUUCUCCACAGUUCCAUGCCUACUGUUCUUAUUUAUAUUAUGAGGACAGAAACAAAGAUUGAUCUAGGAACAAAACACAAAUAAUAACAAGUGAACCAUAAAUGAAAAUAAUAUAACCUGGACCAUUUGAAGCCCUCCAAAAGAAAUCAAUUAGACAGACCUUGGCACAGCCUUCCUCCAACACCCACCCUUAUGCUCCUGACCAGGGUGAAGUCUAUGUAUAGAUCAACCUGGUAGGAGGACAGGGGAUCGGAAGGAGGAGGGAAAGGGGCUGGGUGGCAGAGCUCCUUCCAGACCAACCAAGGGGCCCACUUCAACUCUGCCAUCUUGUUUGUGAUGUGUACCAGCUGUGCUAAAAUCAGUCCCCACUGGCACAAGCCCACAUGUAGCCUUGGAGAACUCUUUUGUGGGGAAAACUGAUGUCCUCUUCUCCCAUGGAUCCCAGGGCCUCUCCCUGGCUGUUCCAGACUGGCACAGCGAGCUCAAGAUUCCUUCUUUGUGAGACUGCUAAACCCAUAGGAUAGUUCAAACCAUGAGCACCACCUCCUUGGCACUGUGUUGUCUGGCUUUCCAGUUUUAGGAUACUUCCUUUUUUGUAAAUAGGUGCAUUGAACUUGAACUUUAGAUUGUGAUUUCUCCUAAUGAUGGUGCCCGUACAGGGAGAAGCUCCUGAAGUGUCUCUUAAAAAUUUUCUUAGUGUGGGAGCCCGUGACCUGGAGUCUAAAGUCCACCUGGGGUUUGCUCUGCCAUGGCAAGGUGCUGAUCUGCUUUCAAUGAGGCUUGGGAAGAUGUUGGGUAGAGGUGACUUGUUAUUUAAUCAAGGAUGAGGUAAAAGAGUUUGUUGAUACGAUCUCUACCUGCCCCAGCUCUAUUCUCCUGGUGUCUGUGCCAAAUCAUUUUUCCUCUGUGGUGCUUUAAAAAUGUAGCACAUUUGUGUGGGGCCCAAAAACAGUGCAUAGCGUGGGUCUGUUGGCAAUGGUUUCCAGCCCACAGAGUUGACAAGCUUCCUUCUGUCUAAGCAGCCCUUCGAGGCAGACACUGAGACACAUUCCUUGAGUGCAGCCCUACCUUGAGGCCCCAGAUGACUUCUACAGGCUGUUCCAGUACAGGGGACUUUCCCGGGGGGUUGUUUCUAGUCGAGCUCGUGUUCUUACCCCAGUGAGGUUGCCAGCUUGGAUAACUCCACCCUGUGGCUCCCCUACCUCACAGGCCCAUUGGAGGCUGAUGGAGCUAAUGCAUUGUGAAGAGCUUGAAGCCCCUUGGAACCAGUGAAGUUUACCCUUAGCAAGAUUCUCCUAGAAAUAGGUAGUAGCUGUAAGGGACUGGUUUUAGGCAAGGGCUUCAAAUGCCUCUGGUGUUGAGUGCCAACCUGAGGAGUCAAUCUCUUUCCACUUUACUCUACGUGGGCCUUCCUCUCUCUCCAGUUUCCUGACACCAGAAAUGACCAAAUGGCAUUCUUCCCUCCGUCCCUUCAUUUUGAUCUUUUCCCCUCCCUCCCUUCCUGCUUUCUUUCCUUCAUGUUUCUCUUCUUCCCUUUUCCUUCCAUUCAUUUUUCUUUUUAUUCUUUCUCUCCAUUGGUCAUCUAGUAUUGCACCCUGGCCCUUCCUAACGAAGGGAUUUAGGGCUCAGAAGUCCCUUGCUUUUUUUCGUGAUGGAGACUGGGCUCAGUCUCAUCCAGAUAUGAUGGAGAUCCUGGGGAAGCUGGAAGCUCUGGGUCAGCCCAACCUCUGCAUUUUAUUAAGCUGGUGCCUGAUUGUGACCUGGGAUAUAUGAAGACAAACUUACUCCAAUGUGACUCCUCCCCCCAGCUGGCAGAGAGUCAGGCAUAGUGACCAGAGCCACAGAAUAUGUCAAGGAAUGCCCACUGCCUUUGGCGUGGUUGAGCUGCCUGGCAGCUAGAGGCUAGGGAUGCUUGAGUAAGAGCAGGAAACUGACUCCCGAGGCCUUUUGAGAGCGAUAUGCAGCCCUCAGGAGCUGAGGACUGGAUGCAGGGUGAGUGAGUGAGUGAGUGCGUGAGUGAGUGAGAAGCAGCUCCUUGCAUGUGGCCUGUGGACUCUGGGUCAGGUGCUUCACAGAGCUCUUCCAGGUGACUUGUGCCAAGCCUCUGCAAUGGUUUUUCGCAGCAUAGUGUUUAGAUAUAUAAUGGGCAUAAUUCCUCAAGGUGCACACUUGGCUUUUGCGAAUGCCCUGUACAUAUCUUUUCAAACUCUGUCUUUGUAUAGACAUUGAUUUGAUACAAUGCUAACACUUCAGUAGUCACAGUUUUGUUUGUUUGAGACUUGUGUAUGCUUGUGUGUGUGUGUGUGUGUGUACAUGUGGGCAUGUUGUCUUCUCUCAUUGCUUCUAUCAAAUGAUAGCUGGUUUGUGGUUCUAUUUGUCCCAGGAGGGAUCUGUUCUGACGGGAAGACUGUCUUCAUUAGUGGGGCCUGUACUCUGUUGGAUCCCCUCCAACGUUUUGGCAUGGUGUCCCCUUCCUCAGCUCCUGCUCUGUAGGUGUCAGCAGCUGAAGGAAAUCUGAGAACUUUUGUGUGUGUGUGUGUGUGUGUGUGUGUGUGUUUGACUAUUGUCUUUCAGAAUGGUGGGGUUAGUUACUUAGAUAUUUUUCACUAAAAAUGAAAAGGCUUUAAAAUUUUCCUUAAAAUAUGACUGUCACCUGUUUUCAACCAAACCCUUUGUAAGACUUUUUUAAAACGAAUGGCAACCCUGUCAGUCCCCUCCCAGAUGGCCCAUCACUUUGGGUUUUCAAAAUGAAAGCACAAAAAAAAAAAAAAAAAAAGAGUGGGGCGCACAGGUGCCUGGCAUGUGCAUACCCCUGCACAGCUGUGUUGCGCCCUAGCUGAUCAGAGAGGUGUGAUCACAAGCAGCUGGACCUGGGAAACUGGGACCCCCUCUGCUAGUUGCCAAUUCCACUGCCAUUAGUGUGAAUUCCUUAGGGUGCUCCAGUGAACAAGCGUCUGCCCAAUUGUUUGGACAUUGUCCUUUUGGUAGUCCAAACAUUAGGGAUUAGGGACAGCAGUGUUUUCUGUUCAAGCAGUUCGAGCCAGAUGCUUCCACUCUCCCAGUGGAUGGCAACUCCACAGAUCCUAGCCAGAGUUGAUGGAUCCUUUGACAACCAAAUGGCAUCCCAUGAGAAAACGAAGAAAAAAAAGCCAACAUUGCCACUAGAUUGUCUUUUAAUUCGAGUGAGAGUUAAUGGCGGAGAGAGGGUGUGAGUCCCCAGGACUGUGUCUUUUUAGAAGAGUGCAUGUGUGCUCUCACUGUGUGUUUGCUCACAGUAAAGCCUGAGUUGUUGGGCUGGGCUGCUUUUCAGCUUGUCAAGUACUGAAGCUCCAUUCCCAGGCGUCACCAGUUCUGAAACAGCCACAUCUUCUGCACUGAAGUCUCCUAAUACUAAUCAGUAUAAUUAGCUAAUUGUAGACUGCUGUAAUCAGAAUGCUUCCCACUACAGUAAAAGCCCAUUAAUUUGAGCCCACUAAUUCAGAACUUAGAGGAAAUCCAAAUUGGAGAUAAUUCCCAGUAACUGCUAUUCUUGCUACAGAAAAAUAUUUGAAAGUGUCUUCCCUCAGUCAGUCUUCAGGGCCUUCUUUGUGAAAGGAAUUCGGUUUAAAAUAGGUACCCCUUUCAAAGGAAAAGCUCGAGGUAUCAAAGAUUUCUUCAUUGUGCCUUCAGCUUAGAGUUUAGCAGUUUUUGUGCGUAAGGCUCUUUCUGUGCAGGGUGAUCCCUUGUUCUCUCUCCAUUGUGGAAUGUUAGAUAUUGCAGCCUUUCACUCUGUGUCUGUAUUUAGCCUGUGAAUAACAUAGUCUGUGAUCUUGACUGCAGUUUUAACACCAGUACGUGUUUUUCAAAGUCUUCUGUAAAGCAGAUGUUGCACUCAUUCAUCCCCAAGUCUUCAAACUUUGGAGCUUCCCCUUUCCCAGGCUGUGGGAGGCAAAUCUCUCUCUAGCAAGAAUUUCUCUGACAAAGAUCUGCAAACAGCAUACCCCCUCAGCUCAAUGCCUCGACAGUGUUUCACUGUACUGCUAUCUGACCGCUGAACGUGCCUGCCCUUCUCCAGCCCCUAGCAAGCAUUAAGACUGAUAUCUAGAAUUGGGACCAACCUUCCAGCUGCUUUUUUCCUCUCAAGCUGUCUUGCCUCACUGAUGCCACUUUCCCAGGCCUGAAUCCACCUGCUAUUUCACUCUGUCAUUGUGAAUUUGUGACAGUGGCAACCCUGAUAUGUGCAACUGAGCUUAUAGAAAUGAUUGCUGUGAAAUGGAUUAAUUUUGGUACAAUUAGAAGCUGUGCUUGUUUUCAUUGUUGACCGAUGUCAGCUGGGACAUCUGUACAUUCAGUCACAUGUUGGGGUUUCAAAUGGAGCCUGGGAGCAACAAACCAACUUGCUUCUGACCUGACCUUUCCCGUGCAUGCUCUCUGGCUCCCUUUUUACAACCAUUGAGUUUAGCUGUUAACUUUUGUCUUUCUGUAUAAGAAAAUAAUGAGUAAAAAUAAAGAGCAAAUGG